AUGAGACUCGACAAAUUCUCAAAAGAACAACUCACUUUCGGCACACCCACGCCAAUCCAACACCUCCCCCGACUCUCCGCAGCCCUAGGCAACAAAGUCCAAAUCUACGCAAAACGCGAAGACUGCAAUUCCGGCCUCGCCUUCGGCGGCAACAAGACCAGAAAACUCGAAUAUGUGAUUCCCGAAGCCAUUUCGGGAGGGUACGACACUUUGGUCUCUAUCGGUGGCGUGCAAUCAAAUCAGACACGUCAGGUUGCUGCUGUGGCUGCAAAGCUGGGCAUGAAAUGUGUGCUUGUGCAGGAGAACUGGGUCAAUUAUAAUGACUCUGUGUAUGACAGAGUUGGCAACAUUGAGUUGAGUAGGAUUUUGGGUGCGGAUGUGCGACUCAAUGAGGCUGGGUUUGAUAUCGGCAUCAGACCUUCGUUCGAAGAAGCAAUGCAGGAGAUCAAGGCACAGGGCGGAAAGCCAUACCCUAUUCCUGCAGGAUGUUCGGAGCACAAGUAUGGAGGUCUUGGAUUUGUGGCAUUUGCACAGGAAGUCAUGGAGCAGGAGAAACAGCUGGGGUUCAAGUUCGACUACAUUGUUGUUUGUGCAGUCACCGGAUCCACUCAGGCUGGCAUGGUAGUUGGCUUUGCUUCCGAUGGCAGAGCCAACAAGGUCAUCGGCAUCGACGCCUCUGCAAAACCAGAAAAGACCCACGCACAGAUCUUGCGCAUCGCCCAAAACACUGCCGAGCUUGUCGAACUGGGUCGAGAAAUCACGGCUGAAGAUGUUAUCCUAGACACCAGAUUCGGAGGACCUGAGUAUGGGUUGCCCAACGAGGGAACAAUGGAAGCAAUCAGACUGACUGCUAGGACUGAAGGUAUGCUGACGGAUCCAGUGUAUGAAGGCAAGAGUAUGGACGGCUUGAUCCAGAUGGUCAAGAAGGGCGAAUUCCCAGAAGGUAGCAAGGUCUUGUAUGCGCAUCUUGGUGGCGCACCUGCACUGAGUGCAUAUGCUGGUAUCUUCAAGCAGGGAUAG